CGCCUAUCGAGCAGAUGGUGCAGCAGCUACGGGAGAAGACCCAGCAAACCCUCCCCCCCAGGCAGCACGCACACCGGUGCCCAUUCCCAAUCAACCCCGGGCUCCUCAGCUGGAAAGAGAAAUUCCCCCUCUUGGGGUGAAGUUUGAUGGGAAUCCGCAACAAUUAGGAUUCUUUGUGGCACAUGUGCUCACCUACAUGCAAGAGUAUGGGCGUGAUUUCCAAACCCAAGGAUCCCGAGUGCGAGUUGUGACCCUAGCCCUAGAGGGUGCCGCAGCCAGAUGGAUGGUGACCCUACAUAAUGCCAACGCACCAGAACUGUGGAAUUUCGACCAUUUCAUGACGGCCCUGCGACGUCGGUUCGAGGACCCACUGGCAGAUCGCAAAGCACGUGACCGCAUUAAGGUGGUGAGGCAGGGGCGACGGCCAGUAGCAGAGUACACUGAAGAAUUCUGGGACCUCGCGUGUCGUGUGCACUGGCCGGAAGAUAUUUUGGUGAGCUGUUUCAAGGACGGACUGAGUGAUGAUCUAUACAAUGCCUGCGUGGCCCGAGGGGCACCGAAUGACCUACAUGAAUGGUAUGUCACCGCCGAAGAAGCUGAGAUCGAUAUGGCCAGAAACCAGUAUCGAGCGGGGCGAGCAUGGAAGAAAUCCUCACCCCAAUGGAAGCAAGAGCCCCACAAACCACAAACCGCAUUCUCCCCGAGAUCUUCAGCCUGUUUCAAGUGUGGAAAAGAAGGGCACCGAGCUGCAGAGUGUCGUUCGCAAAUACCCGCCCGGAACCACCCACCGGGGGAGGGUCCUGGAAAACCGGGUCGGCGUGGGAAGGAGACUGCCCUGAGGAGCAGGGAGGCCAUAGAAGUCCCAUCCCCUCCCCUCUUUGGGGAAGAAACCCUGGCAUCUGAACAGGAGAAAUCACACUCGUUCGGAAGCGAUCCAGAUGAUGAGCCACUGGAGGACGGAGGAUGGCAGCGGAUGCAGGAAAGAGGCGCCGCUCAGGAGGAGGAGGAGCGGGCCCCGCAGAGCAGCCCUGACCGGUCCUGGAACGGCUUCCCCGGGAGACAGCGGAGAAAGGCCGGGGGGCUCCGGGGCUGCAGGAGGGAUGAGCCCAGGAGGAGCCCAGGAAAGGCGGCUGCCUGGAGGGCGAUGCGGGGAGGAGGAAAUGGGCGGAGACCCCGAGAUGGGUCUGGAGGGCGGAGGCUCCUUCGGAAGACCCCCAAAGCCUCGAAGGAUCCAGGAGGAAGCAAAGGAACAUCCAUGCCCAGAAUGUGGAAAAUCCUUCAAAAGAAAUCAUCAUCUCCAAAGGCAUCUUAGCAUCCACUCAGGAAAAAAACCUCAUAAAUGCCUGGAGUGUGGAAAGAGCUUCCGUCAAAGGGAAAAUCUCCAUUCACAUCAAAGACUCCAUUUAGAAAACCAGUACCAAUGCUGGCAAUGUGAAAAAUCCUUCAAAACAAUUCAAAUCCUUGAAAAACAUGUAAGAAUCCAUUCGUUAGAGAAACCAUUUAAAUGCCUGGAGUGUGGAAAGAGCUUCCAUCAUUGGAGUAACUUCGAUAUACAUGAAAGAAUCCAUUCAGAAGAAAAAAAGUAUGAAUGCCCAAAAUGUAAAAAAUCCUUCAAAAGAAACGACCAUCUUCAAAGGCAUCUAAUAAUCCACUCGGUAGAAAAACCUCACAAAUGCCUGGAGUGUGGAAAGAGCUUCAGUCAGAGGGGACAUCUUUAUAGACAUCAAAGAGUCCAUUUACAAGAGGAGUAUGAAUGUGGGGAAUGUGAAAAAUCCUUCAAAACAAUUCAAAUCCUUGAAAAACAUCUAAGAAUCCACAAGCCAAAUAUAUGCCUGGAGUUUGGAAAGAGCUUCAGUCAAAGGGGAAGUCUUGAUAGCCAUCAAAGAAUCCACACAGGAGAAAAACCCUACAAAUGCCUGGAGUGUGGAAAGAGCUUUACUGAGGGUGGACACCUCCGUCGACAUCAAAGAGUCCACACAGGAGAAAAACCACAUAAAUGCCUUGAAUGUGGAAAGUGUUUCAGUAGGAGAGGAACUCUGUAUGGACAUAAAAUGAUUCACACAGGAGAAAAACCGCAUAAAUGUCUGCAGUGUGGAAAGAGCUUUAGUCAGAAAGGAACCCUUGACGGACAUCAAAGAAUCCACUCAGGAGAAAAACCCUACAAAUGCCUGGAGUGUGGAAAGAGCUUUAUUGAGCGUAGUAGCCUCCGUUGACACCAAAGUGUCCACACAGGAGAAAAACCACAUAAAUGCCUCAAAUGUGGAAAGUGUUUCAGUCGGAGAGGACACCUUAAAAGACAUCAAAAAAUCCACUCAUGGGAGAGAAAAACCACAUUAAUACCUGGAGUGUGGAAAGAGCUAUAUUCAGUUCCCGUUCACUUUCAAGGGAUGGCUGGUGAUGCGGCAGGGACACAGCUCGGUGAGGGUCGUGGCUGGCAGGAGCCGGCUGGCAAAGCAACACACCUGCUUAUCUGCCAGCACAUUUGCAAGUUCCCUUCACACCAACCCACCCUUGGGCUACCUGUAAAGCCAGGCCUCUCCCCCUUAAUCAAGGAGAACUGUCCCGAACUGCAGACCAAGACCCCAGAAAAGGUUGAGAAGGGAGACCCCGAUAACCCCACGGUCCUAGACCUGGACCAGAUCAAGGAAGCCUUUGCCCAAUGUGUGGGGCCCAAAGGCCUCGAUGGGAACCAGUCCAGGCCAUGUGCACAACUCAGUGAACCCAGCUGGCUGUGUUCCACACCUGGAAAGCCUUUCUCCUCAGAGUCCGUGGGCAGUGAGGGAGACGUGGCGGCUGCUGGGGCAAACAGCCCCACCCUUUGCUUCAUGCCACAACUUGCGGAACUGCGCAGGUGCCAUGUGCCUUGUUGCAGGAAGAAGGACACUGAUUGGUCACGCUCGGGAUGUCAGCAAUGGGCAAAUGGACUCCAAGGGGCGGAUCCUACAAGGGAAAAGGCGGAACUAGUGGAGAGAAAAGGGCGUGAAGCCUCCACUUCCGGAAACAAAAAAGGCAGUGAGGGAAGCUGCCUGAAUCGGCGACAGAGGAGGCCGUUUGAUGCAGGUUUGGCGCAGGGGAUGCUGGGAAUCGUAGUCCGGGAGGGUCUCUUUCAGGUCCGCAUGGGGGGGGGCUUGGACCUGGGCCUCCCCUGUGGGGAAGGGGACGCAGCCGUGACCUUCUUCUCUCUCUCACCUGCAGGAGGACGGAUGCAGGAAAGAGGCGCCGCCCGAGAGGAGGAGGAAGAGGAGAGCGGCGGGGAAAGGCCGGGGGGCUCUGGGGCUGCAGGCAGGAGGAGCCCAGGGGGAGCCCGGGAAAGGCAGCUUCCUGGAGGGCGAUGUGGAGAGGAGGAAACGGGCGGAGACCCCGAGGCAGGCUUGGAGGGCGGAGGUUCCUUUGAAAGCCCCCGAAAGCCCAGAAGGAUCCAGGAGGAAGAAAAUGAACAUCAGUGCCCAGAAUGUUGUAAAACCUUCAAAAGAAAAGGAAACCUUCAAAGCCACCUAAUUAUCCACACAGGAGAGAAACCUCAUAAGUGCCUGGAGUGUGGAAAGAGCUUUGGUGAUAGGAGCACCCUCUAUAGACAUCAAAAAAUCCACUCAGGAGAAAAACCACAUAAAUGCCUUGAGUGUGGAAAGAGAUUCAGUCAGAGGGGACAUCUUUAUAGACAUCAAAGGAUCCACUCAGGAGAAAAACCUCAUAAAUGCCUGGAAUGUGGAAAGAGCUUCAGUCAGAGGGGACAUCUUUAUAUACAUCAAAGAAUCCACACAGGAGGGAAACCUCAUAAGUGCCUGGAGUGUGGAAAGAGAUUCAGUCAGAGGGGAUAUCUUUAUAGACAUCAAAGAAUCCACUCAGGAGUAAAACCUCAUAAAUGCCUUGAGUGUGGAAAGCGAUUCAGUGAGAGGGGACAUCUUUAUAGACAUCAAAGGAUCCACUCAGGAGAAAAACCUAAGUGCCUGGAAUGUGGAAAGAGCUUCAGUCGCAGCAGCAGCCUUUAUACACAUCAAAGGAUCCACUCAGGAGAAAAACCUCAUAAGUGCCUGGAGUGUGGAAAGAGCUUCAGUAAGAGGGGACAUCUUUAUACACAUCAAAGAAUCCACUCAGGAGAAAAACCUCAUAAAUGCCUGGAGUGUGGAAAGAGCUUCAGUAAGAGGGGACAUCUUUAUACACAUCAAAGAAUCCACUCAGGAGAAAAACCUCAUAAAUGCCUGGAGUGUGGAAAGAGCUUCAGUCAGAGGGGACAUCUUUAUGUACAUCAAAGGAUCCACACAGGUGAAAAACCACAUAACUGCUUGGAGUGUGGAAAGAGCUUCAAUCAGUUGGGAAACCUUUAUACACAUCAAAGGAUCCACACAGGAGAAAAACCUCAUAAAUGCCUGGAGUGUGGAAAGCGCUUCAGUAAGAGGGGACAUCUUUAUACACAUCAAAGGAUCCACACAGGAGAGAAACCUCAUAAGUGCCUUGAGUGUGGAAAGAGAUUCAGUCUGAAGGGAAAUCUUUAUAUACAUCAAAGGAUCCACACAGGAGAAAAACCUCAUAAAUGCCUGGAAUGUGGAAAGAGCUUCAGUCAGUUGGGAAACCUUUAUACACAUCAAAGGAUCCACACAGGAGAAAAAUCUCAUAAAUGCCUUGAGUGUGGAAAGAGCUUCAGUCAUAGCAGCGCCCUUUAUACACAUCAAAGGAUCCAUUCAGGGGUGGAACCUCAUAAAUGCCUGGAAUGUGGAAAGAGAUUCAGUCUGAGGGGAAAUCUUUAUACACAUCAAAGGAUCCACACAGGAGAAAAACCUCAUAAAUGCCUUGAGUGUGGAAAGAGCUUCAGUCUGAGGGGAAAUCUUUAUAUACAUCAAAGGAUCCACACAGGAGAAAAACCUCAUAAAUGCCUUGAGUGUGGAAAGAGCUUCAGUCUGAGGGGAAAUCUUUAUGUAUAUCAAAGGAUCCACACAGGAGAAAAACCUCAUAAAUGCCUUGAGUGUGGAAAGAGCUUCAGUCUGAGGGGAAAUCUUUAUGUAUAUCAAAGGAUCCACACAGGAGAAAAACCUCAUAAAUGCCUUGAGUGUGGAAAGAGCUUCAGUCUGAGGGGAAAUCUUUAUAUACAUCAAAGGAUCCACACAGGAGAAAAACCUCAUAAAUGCCUUGAGUGUGGAAAGAGCUUCAGUCUGAGGGGAAAUCUUUAUGUAUAUCAAAGGAUCCACACAGGAGAAAAACCUCAU